UCUAUGCCGGCAAGAGGUGUGUUUCGUCUCCACUCUGUGUAUCUCUGGGUAGCAGCAUCCCCAGCAUGCAGCCAGCCUGAGUGCCAUGUCUAACAGCUGUACUGGCAAAGGGUUACAGCUCAUCUGAAGGGAAGGGAGCAUCCUGCUUUGAGGAGGACAGAAGAUAAAAGAAGACUGACCAGUUGCAGGGAGAGGGGGGAAUUUAACUGACAGCAACCCCCCCCACCCCCCACCCCCAUGCAUCACUAAACAGAGCAAAAACGGAAGGCUUUGGAGUAUUCAAUUUUUUCUUUCGUUUUAUAUUUUUCUUAUUCCUCAUCGCGGUGCUGGGAGGUGCUUCAUCUUUUCAUAUAGUCUCUCUCUCCGUCAUUUGCCUCCUCAUCUAUUUCUCCAUCUACCUGGUGUAUAAUUUUGUCUAUAUAUGAGUGAGAGAAGAAAGAAAGGAGGGAGUUUUGUUUUGCUAUUUGUCCUUUCUUUCCUCUUCUCCACUCUGCCAUCCCUCUCCACCAAACCAUAUCAUACCUGUCAGUCCCUCCUCGCCUCUUCAUCCCUAACUGCUGCCAUCAGUUCGUUAUUUCCCAUCCUAACGCCUCUUUCUGUCCCUGAAGUCUGAUAUGUUAUGAACUUGGAUGAAUUUUCUUCAAAGACAACUUUAAAGCUCCUCAUGAAUGACUUUUUUUUUUUUUCCCCUUUUCCUUCUCUUUUUGGUCCCUCCACACCCAUUUUCUUUGCAUCACACUCUUGCGGGAUUCUUAAAUGUAACUCUAGACUGAGGAAGAGGAGAACGCUGAGCAGGGCCGGCAAGCUCAUGAUCAUGACAGGCUGAAGCAAGCGAAGGCGAGGAGUGAAAGAAGAAGAAGAAGAAGAAAAAAGGAAGGGUGGGAAGAAAAGGAGUGUGUACGCGCACACUAACACACACACACUGCUGCUCAUCUCCUUAUCUCCACGGCAACUGUGUUCACACACUCGGAAGACUUCUGGGAGGGGACCUCGGCGAGCUAGUGUUGGAGGAGGAAGAGGAAAGAGAAUUGGAUGUGAAAAGACGAAUGAAAGAUCUUCCCUUCAUCACCCACUUCUAUCAACUUUUAGGUUCUUUUAGUAAUUGAACACGCUCGCUAACAUUUUGAGUUGAUGCUCAACUUUUUUAAAUUCCUCUUACUCGAGUCAAAUCUAUAUUUCCCCAAGGAUAGAUCUGCUUCUCUGCAGAUUCUUCUUCUUUUGGCCUCAAAUCAUUAACUCUAAGUACUCGACUGCAAUCCUCAAAGACCCUGUCUUUAAGUUUAGCCGAUAGAACUUCAGCGGAUGAUUUUGUGAAUCUAACAGUUUAGGUCAGUCGACUUCCCUCUGAUUGAUAACGCCCGAGCAUCGCCCCACCUGAAACCCCCAUUCGAACCCAAAAGUACACUCCCCCUGUGCCUGCUGAAGGACCCCACUCCAGUCUUCUGUGUGUGACUUCAUCUGUCUACCAUCCCUUCAUCCGAGGAUAUGAGAGGAGGAGUCGAAUCCCAGAUCACUCCAUCAUGCCAGUUCUGAAGAGCAGAGAGGCGAUCCGGGCUGGCAAUGUUCAAGGCACUGCAUUUACACUCCUCCACAAUGCUUGUCAGCCUCUACCCUUCUCCCUCCUGUCUUCAGGACAAGCGCUACGUCUUCCCCUUCUCUCCCCCGCACCACCAUCGACCUCCUCCACCUCCUCCUCCAGACCAGCCGUCUCCUCAUCCUUACUUUCAGCCUCGGAUGACCCUGCCCUUCCUCUCCUGGUCCUUCUCUCUGCUCCUCAUCUCCAUCCUCCUCCUGCCUGUCUGCGAGUGCCGCAGGGGUGGAGGUCCAGGCACAGGUCCUGGAGGUUCCCCAGGGGGUCAAGGUGGCCAGAGGGGAGGCGGCACACAGAGGGGCGUGGUCAUCCCUCCUCAGUACUCUCCCGCCAUACCAGCUCUUCCUCCAAUCAGUCCCAAACUGAUCAACUCCCUCAGCAUCGCUGUCAUCCUGGUGGGCAACUCUAGUGAAGUGUCUUUGGGGGCUGGACUUGAGAAAGAGGACUUCCUCCACAUCCCUUACCCCCCCAAAGUCGAGGUGAUCACCAUGAAUGAGACUGACCCCAAGAGUAUCAUCAAUCGGAUCUGCACACAAAUGACCAGGAACUCUCUGCAGGGCGUUGUGUUCGGAGACGACACGGACCAGGAGGCCAUCGCUCAGAUCCUGGACUUCAUCUCUGCCCAGACACACAUCCCCAUCCUGGGCAUCAGGGGAGGAUCCUCCAUGGUCAUGGCUGCAAAGGACGACCACUCCAUGUUUUUCCAGUUUGGCCCGUCCAUCGAGCAGCAGGCCUCCGUCAUGUUGAACAUCAUGGAGGAGUAUGACUGGUACAUCUUCUCCAUUGUCACCUCGUAUUACCCGGGCUACCAAGACUUUGUCAACAAGGUCCGCAGCACCAUCGAUAACAGCUUUGUGGGCUGGGAGCUACAAGAAGUCCUCCUAUUGGACAUGUCAGUGGAUGAUGGAGACUCCAAGAUCCAGAAUCAGCUGAAGAAACUACAGAGCCCGGUUAUUCUGCUCUAUUGCACAAAGGAGGAGGCCAGCAUUAUCUUUGAGGUGGCCCAUUCUGUGGGCCUCACGGGUUACGGCUUCACCUGGAUCGUUCCCUCACUGGUGGCGGGAGACGCAGACAAUGUUCCCGAUGUCUUCCCUCCAGGGCUCAUAUCUGUGUCAUAUGACGAAUGGGACUACAACAUCGAGGCCAGGGUACGUGAUGCAGUGGCUGUCAUUGCCACGGCGACCUCCACCAUGAUGCUGGACCGGGGGCCACACACCCUGCAGAAGUCAAGCUGCCUCGGGACACCCGACAAAAAGGGCUCCAACACCGGCCACUCCAAAGAAAUCCUGAAGUACCUCAUGAAUGUGACAUUUGAAGGCCGAAACCUUUCGUUCAGUGAAGAGGGUCACCAGAUGUUCCCCAAACUUGUCAUCAUCCUUCUGGACAAGGAUCGACAAUGGGACAGGGUUGGCAAGUGGGAGAGAGGCUCUCUGACGAUGAGAUACCACGUGUGGCCGCGCUUUGAGCUGUACUCGACGGACGAGGAGCACGAGGACCACCUGUCCAUCGUGACUCUGGAGGAGGCCCCGUUUGUCAUCGUGGAGGACGUGGACCCGCUCAGUGGGACCUGUAUGAGGAACACUGUGCCGUGUCGCAAACAGCUCAAACUCAGCAAUCAGACGGGCGAUUCAGGGAUUUACAUCAAGCGCUGCUGCAAAGGGUUCUGUAUUGAUAUCUUGAAGAAGAUCGCCAAGGCGGUUAAAUUCUCAUAUGACCUGUACCUGGUCACCAACGGCAAACACGGCAAGAAGGUUAAUGGGACGUGGAACGGCAUGGUUGGUGAGGUUGUUUUGAAGAAUGCGCACAUGGCGGUGGGUUCGCUCACCAUCAACGAAGAGCGGUCCGAGGUCAUCGACUUCUCAGUGCCCUUCAUCGAGACUGGGAUCAGUGUCAUGGUCUCCCGUAGCAACGGCACUGUCUCCCCCUCCGCCUUUCUUGAGCCCUUCAGCGCCGAUGUCUGGGUCAUGAUGUUUGUGAUGCUGCUGAUUGUGUCGGCUGUAGCUGUGUUUGCGUUUGAGUACAUUAGCCCGGUGGGUUACAAUCGCUGUCUGGCAGAUGGGCGAGAGCCCGGAGGUCCCUCCUUCACCAUCGGUAAGGCCGUCUGGCUGCUCUGGGGUCUGGUUUUCAACAACUCCGUCCCCGUGCAGAAUCCCAAAGGUACCACCAGUAAGAUCAUGGUGUCCGUUUGGGCCUUCUUCGCUGUCAUCUUCCUGGCCUCCUACACUGCCAAUCUGGCUGCCUUCAUGAUCCAGGAGGAGUAUGUGGACCAGGUGUCGGGCCUUUCAGACAAGAAGUUCCAGAAGCCUAAUGAGUUCUCGCCGCCGUUCCGGUUCGGCACGGUCCCCAACGGGAGUACGGAGCGCAACAUCCGCAACAACUACCGGGACAUGCACUCUUACAUGACGAGCUUCCACCAGAAGAAUGUAGACGAAGCGCUGUACAGUCUGAAGUCUGGCAAACUGGACGCUUUCAUCUACGACGCUGCCGUGCUGAACUACAUGGCGGGCCGAGACGAGGGCUGUAAGCUGGUCACCAUCGGGAGCGGUAAGGUUUUCGCUUCCACCGGCUACGGCAUCGCCAUCCAGAAAGACUCGGGCUGGAAGCGAGCUGUGGAUCUGGCCAUCCUCAUGCUGUUUGGAGAUGGUGACAUGGAGGAGUUCGAGGCCCUGUGGCUCACAGGGAUCUGUCACAACGAGAAGAACGAGGUGAUGAGCAGUCAGCUGGACGUGGACAACAUGGCGGGGGUCUUCUACAUGCUCGGGGCCGCCAUGAUUCUUUCAUUAAUCACCUUCAUCUGUGAACAUUGGUUCUACUGGCAGCUACGCUUCUGUUUCAUGGGCGUGUGCUCCGGGCAGCCCGGGUUCACCUUCUCCAUCAGCAGAGGUAUCUACAGCUGCAUCCAUGGGGUACAAAUUGAGGAAAACAAGUCAACCAUAGACUCACCCUCGUCCACCAUGAAGAAAAACAUGAACAACACCCACUCCAACAUCCUGCGGUUGCUCCGCACAGCCAAGGACAUGACGGCUGUUCCGGGUAUUAACGGUUCUCCUCAUGCGGCUCUGGAGUACAGCCACAGCAGUCGCGACUCCGCGAUCUAUGACAUCCAGGAGCACCGACGCAGUCUAGUGGGUCAUCCUGUAGACUGCAAGACCGCUCCGCCCUACCUGCCGGAGGAAAACAUGUUCAGUGACUACAUCAACGAGGUGGAGAGGACUUUUGGCAACAUGCCCCUGAAGGACAGCAACCUGUACCAGGAGCAUUACCUGCACCACCACCCGGCCUCGGCUCUGGGUAUGUCCGGCCCCCCGCCCAAUAGACCACGUAGCUUAGGCAGCGCUAGCUCGUUGGAGGGGGGCAUGUUCGAUUGCGACAGUUUGGGGGGAGGGGUAGCACCAAUCUUCACCACCCAGCCCCGCCCCUCCAUGUCUCACAGGAACACCAGUAAAUUUGACCUGCUUGCCGGCCAUGCUCCAGCGGAUUCCAACCAGGGUGGGUUCAAGGGAAGCAAUGUGUACGGAAGGUUUUCUUUCAAAGGAGGUGCAUCCAGCACAGGGCUCAUCGGGGGUCACGACAGGUACUGUGGCGGGGGUGGGGGAGGCUCAGGGGGCGAUGACGGGAACAUUCGCUCUGAUGUGUCAGAUAUCUCUACGCACACCGUCACCUACGGCAACCUGGAGGGCAACAACAAGCGGCGUAAGCAGUACAGGGACAGCCUGAAAAAGAGGCCGGCUUCGGCCAAGUGCCGAAGGGAGCAGGACCAGAUAGAGCUGAGCGGUUUGAGGAGGAGAGCCCACCACCACACCGUCCACCACCACUUCCCCCACCGGCCCCAGUCACACCACACGGUCUCACCUCCCCUGGAGCGGAAGAGGGGAGGAGGAGGGGGUAAUUCUUCACCUUAUUUAUUCCGCAAAGAAAAAGAGAACCUGAGGGAUUUCUAUGCGGACCAGUUCCGCUCCAAGGAUGGCAAGGCCAUGUGGGAGCAAGAGGGUGGAAGCGGAGGAAGCGGUGUGGGCGGUGGUAGCGGUGGUGGUAUCUGUAAAAGCUUAGUUCCUGUAGAAGACUUCCUCAAAGGUAAAGGCAAGAAGCCAGAGUGUAAAGGUGGGUUGGGGUCAGUGUCGGCAGGGCAGCAGGCACACACCUGCUGGGAGAAGGGGGUUUCUGGGAUAGGAGGUGGGGGCAUAGCAGGGGGUGACUGGGAGUGUCGUAACUGCCACAGUGUGUGUCACCACAGCGGAGGAAUAGGGGGAGGUGGCACGUGCGCGGCUAGCGGGGUUGGGGGAACCAGCAGUCGCCCCACCUCUGCUUCGUGCAAAACGUGCAAGAUCCAGUCGAGCAACCUUUACAACAUCAGUGAGGAUAAUAACAUGGUGUUCGCUGCAGCGAAGAGCAGUGUAGGACCCAGCCAACCACAGACUCAGGCACAGCGCAGGAAGCUAGGGCCAGGCGGGAGGGUGUUGCGGAGGCAACACUCAUAUGACACAUUCGUGGACCUUCAGAGGGAAGGGGCGGGGCGCAUGGGAGGGGUUGGUGGCGGUGCAGGAGGGCAGUUCCCCCAGCCCCGAAGUGUGAGUUUGAAGGACAGGGAACGGUCCAUGGAGGGCCCCAGCCCUUACGCUCACAUGUUUGAGAGGUAUUCAGGGGAUAGGGAUUCUCCCAUGUUUGGAGGAAUAGGUGGGGACAGGGCCAAAGGGGGCUCCUCCUUCAGUUUGUUCCGUGGCGAGGGUGUGUUGCAUCAGCGGUCGGUGGGAGAGAGAGACCUGAGGGACAGCCUUAGGGACAGAGAAAGAGCUAUGAUGGGAGGUGGGGGCUGUGGUGGUGGUGGUGGUGGUGGUGGUGGUAGCAGCAGAGGGGCCGGGACUUACUCCUUGUCUAAAUCUCUCUACCCAGAUAAGGUGAACCAGAACCCCUUCAUCCCAAGCUUCGAAGACGACCAGUGUCUAUUACAUGGCGCCAAACCAUACUACAUCAAAAAGCCACAGACGCAGCAACAGCAGCAGCAGCAGCAACUUCUCAACAACAAUCGAGGAGGAGGGGACUUCCGUGGCUCCAUGGGAGCUGCUUCCUAUUUACCCGCGUCGGCCACAGCUGGGGUGAUGUCCAAUGUGGCCCCCAGGUUCCCUAAAGAGCUGUGUCUGGGCGGGGUGGGGAACCAUCAUGGGUCCAGCAAGCUACUGCCCGGGGGCAGGGACACAUUAGGUUUGGGGCAGGGACAGAGACCCUUCAACGGUGCCAGCAAUGGACACGUUUAUGAAAAGCUCUCCAGCAUUGAGUCAGACGUCUGAGGGUGAAGACAGAGGAAUAAAGAGAGAGAGAGAAGAUGGAGUGGGUGAAGAAAAGAGGGUGAUGGGAGGGGGGAAGAAGAAGCAGCACAGGCUGAUGUGUUCUCUGUGUGAAGAGAACAAGCAGACACAUUACUAUGUGUGUUGUUCUCACUCCACUAAAUGGAAAGAAUUUGGACGAUGCACAGAGGCCACUGCAGGCUAAGCUGUGUUCAAGUCCGGCGGGAAACGCGAUUUUAAUGAGAAGAGAGGAUUCUGGUGCUGCUCCGACGCUCAGAGAAAGAUAGGGAGAGAGGGAGGGAGGGCGGGAUGGAUGGAAAAAUGUGAAAUAAAAUCAACCGUCUCUGCUCUCUUCACACACUUGUUGUCUUCUCCUCCCUCCUGCAGAUCUUUAACACCAAAACAAACAUUUUGUUUAGCAACGGAAAUACAAUCAUGAAUGAGAUAUCAACACUUCUGUUGAAGUAACAGGGUAAACUAAUAAUUGUAUUGAUAAUGUUAAUACUAUUAUUGAAUAUUAUUCCAGUGUUUAAUGAUGAUCAGUUGGAUUGUUUUUCAAUUUAUUGAUUUAAAUAGUUCGUGUUACAUAUUUGUAUGAUGUUAAUUCUUUCUUAGCUUACCCAUAUUACAGGAGACUGCGAGAUCCGUUGUUAGUACAGAUCUUUUUUGUUUUUGGCUUCCUGUAAUUUGGACUCUUCUUUGCUAUUAAUUCUUCAUGUUUGAUUUUUUAUACUUUUCUUACUUUUGAGUGCUGUGAAGUGUAUGUGAAAGGCAUGACUUGCUGGGUACAUUCUAAGUACUUAGACAUUUGCAAAGAAGGUCUUUUUUCAGCUGCAAAAGCAACAUCAUCAUACUGAUUUGCCGUUUCCUCUUGCUUUUUUUUUUUUUUUUUUUUUGCUUGGCAGUACCAAAUGGUUCUCACAUUUUGAGCUGGAUGUGCCUUAAAGGAUAAAUACAGAUUUUCUAAACACAAGACCUGCUCUGUUUGUAGAUAAAUCAACCUCUUAAUGAUAAGUCAGUUAAUGAGACAGGAUUGAAAAUACACCAGAAAACGUCUCACCUGCGCUUAACAAUGGUAUACUGGGAAGCAAAAACCUAAAACUUGCUGCAGUAGAGGGAGCUUAAUUUCCCACUAACGGCCCCCCUACUAUUAAAGAAAUAGCAGGAUUACAAGGGUUAAAGCCACAGUGCCAUGAUUAAACACAUUCCUAUUACCCCUAAAUGUCAGGUACGACAAAGCUGUGACGCUCCACAUGAAGAAAUACAUUUCAAAAAUAACAGAAGCAUGUUGUUACACUAACAACUCCCCAAUUAAUCCAAGCGUCAUUACCCCUCACCUACUGAAGCCCCACCAUUUAUUUUUUUGCUUAACAGAUGACCCAGGAACCAACUAUCCAUUAAAUAAAUCCCUUUUAAUGUCUGCUCGUUGCUCUCAGAGCUUUUCAUUGGGUCUGAGUCAAUUGGCCGUGACAGUUUUGCAGUUGAGGACGGGGGACAUAAUGGACUCUCAGACUGAGGCCUCUGUUACUGGAAUGAGCAGCCUGGCAUGUUAAUUAUUUCAUGAUUACAGCCAUAAGCCAUGUCUGCUGUAAUACAUGGGCAUAUUCAAAUGAUGGGAAGAGACCAAGUGUUGAGUAUUUUUACUCCGCAAAUGAAAAGAAUAACGCCGGCAGGUUCGUGAUUCCAGCCAUGCUAGUAUCAUCCCAAAGAUGUCAGACUUCAGUCUUCAAGUUCAAAUGAAUUAACUCUUCAGAUUUGUGAUAACUCUCUGCUUUUUAAAUAUGCCUAUCUGCCUUCUUGUUCAGAUUUAGGUGAUAAGGUAGAUUCUCCUCCUUAGACCAGACAGUACAAAUUAAGCUAAAGCUAGCAGUCAGUUAGCGUAGCUUAGCAUAAAAACUAAAUUGGGCUCAAUAGUUAACAUGGUUUGGUCCAAAAGUAGUAAAAUCAACUAACAAGCACAUCUAAAGCUAAUUUAUCAACAUGCUAUGUCUUCAUUUUCAAUCUGUAGCAUUUCUAACAGGACUCUCAUGUUGCUAAGUUUAUUUGCUAAGGGCAGAAAAACACAAAUUCUCACAUACUGUUACACUUAAAGAUAUAAUGUGUUCGUUAAUUAGCUUCAGAGGUGCUAGGUGGAGCAUAAUUGUGGACAGAGCGGGGCUCUUUUUAACUCCCCUUUUCUACUCUUUAAGCUAGGCUAAGCUAGCUGGUAUGCUAGCUUUAUAUGUAACAUGCAUACCAUAUAAGAGCGCGUUAUCGAUCUUUUCAUCGAACUCUCCAAAAGAAAUUGAAUAUAUUCAUCAAAUGGUCCAACUUUGUCCAAAGUUUUAAAAGAGAAGUGAGUAAAUAUGAACCACAUUUCUCUCUCCUUGAAGUUUAAACCAAAACGUAUUACCAAACCAAACAGACAAAAUCAUUUGAGUAUGUUCUGUAGCAUCGAUUACUGAUCUCUCCCUCAACAACAUAAUCUGUCAUACGGUGACAAGCAGUUCUCCUUCAAUCCUGUCCCGUCCUUAAGGCAGGUGGUUUAGAAACACAGGACAUCUCUGCUCCACACAUUGCAAAGACAAACGUAUAAAAAAUGUUUUGUUGAAUUCCCAGCUCUCUCUUAUGAAAUAAUAUCACAAGUUAACAUUUAGAAUAACCCUCUCUCCAAAACCAGAGCGUUAGUUAAACUUGAUUCAUAUACGAUGUUUAUACCAAAUCAAAUCAAAACUGAAGCACAAUUUGAGUGAACAGGUCCAAUGUUCAGUUUGUCGUACAUCCUGGUCAAAUUUUUACAAGACUUUCCUUCUCCUGGUUGACAAGUCAGUAUGUAUGAUAUUAGGGGGUCUCUGGUGUUUGUGAUGACUUGCAUGUAUACACUUUUUUUCUUUAUUUCUGUUUUUAUCUUAAACUUUUAGCCCAGGAAACACGGGCGUUUUUGAACAAUAUUUGAAAUUGUAUCAACUUCAUUGGUACUGAUGAUCCAUGUAGUACUGUAGGUGUGUGCGCGUGUGUGUGUGUGUGUGUAAGAGAAGACGCUGAUCUUACAGUCAACAUUUCAGUUCAACUCAAAUGGCUACACUUGAUUAAGACGUUCACAAGGAUAUGGAACAUUUAUUUAUUAUCGUUAUUCACAGAUGAAUUUACUGGGUGGUUUUUGUGAAUGGUUUGAAAACAAGGUUAAGGUCUCGGUUAACACAUUCUUUGUCACUGAAUAAGCCUUCUUCAUUUGAACUAUUUAUUUUCCCCUUUGAGUAUCUCAUUUCUUUUCUGUAUGUGCCUGAUAACAUACGCUUGAUUACCUCUGUGUGUGCUCAUAUAGACGAGAGGCAGAGUGUGAGUGUGAGAGAUUACCGUUUAUUGUUCAUGUAUUAUAAAACUGUCUGUAAAUACCUCACACUCAUGGACUUUUGAUAAAAAACUGUACAAAACCACAGAGAAUAGAUCUAUUUCGAAUAAAUCUUUGAUUCAUAUAGGUCCCCUUGCAAAAUUGCUUUUAUAAAGACUUCAGGCCAGGAUGAGUGCAAUCAUCUAAUACAACAGAGAACAUGCACAUUUAAUAGGUCAAGGCUUGUUUAGACGUGUUUUUAUUUGAAAAUCUGGUCAAAGACCGGUUAAGAAGUUUGUUUUCUAAAAGGCAAAAUUGUAAAGCACCAUCAUUCAUCGGUACACAGAAAGCACAACAGAUUAUCAAUCUGCAUUUUUACUAGAUAGUCUCUCUUUUUGUUUCUGUUCCUCUUUGGCUCAUCUUCUGAUUUUGUGUUAUGCCACAGAAGAUCAGACGACUCCACCCCCCUGAGCUGUACAGAUUGUGAAAAAUGUACAUACAACAAAACAAAAAUCUAGUUCACCCUCGCAUUCUUUUUGUAUGGAGAGAAAUUACUUGUGUGAAGAGAGUAUUUCAAACUUGAUUGAAUAUUUAGUAAUUUUGAAAAUGAGAUUAAACACAGUCAAUGUGAAAAUAAGUGCUGAGAAAUAUUAUUCUUCUGUCUCUUUGGAAUAAAAGUGUUGAGUAUUAAUAAAAAAUAAAUCUCAAA